AUGGCCGCAGCCUCGCCCAAUAAAUCGAAGCGGAUCGUUUCCGUCGUAGCGGCCACCCUGGUUGCUCUCGCGUGUGGUACCAACUAUGCAUACUCGGCAUGGGCGCCCCAAUUCGCGCAACAAAUGAAGAUCUCCUCCACCGAAAGCAACUUCAUUGGCGCGGCUGGGAAUUUGGGCAUGUAUGCAUCGGGAAUCCCAUUAGGUCUGUUGACAGAUGCUCGAGGUCCGCGUCUGACGACCUUCUUGGGUGCAAUCACGCUGGGAAUUGGCUACUAUCCCAUCUAUCUGGCAUACGUCAAGGGCCCUGGGUCGAUGGCCAUUAUCUUCCUGUCGUUUUUCGCUUUCUUGACUGGCUUCGGAAGUUGCUCGGCCUUCUCAGCGUCCAUUAAGACAUCGGCUUCCAACUUCCCCGAUCACCGUGGAACAGCGACCGCUUUCCCCUUGGCCGCUUUUGGGCUGAGCGCGUUCUUCUGGUCGACCGUUUCCUCGGUUCUCUUCAAGGACGAUACCGGCCGCUUCCUCCUUUUGCUGGCUCUGGGAACUUGUGCCCUAAACCUCGUUUCGAUCCCGUUUCUUCGUAUUUUGCCUCCUAGUGAGCCAUAUAUGCCACUCGGACGGGGCAGGUCCCCUGGCGUAGAAUCUCAACGACUGCGCACUACUAGAUCUACCGAAUUCCGGCACAGCCUGGAAGAAUCUGAUGAAGCAGUUCCCUCACGCUCAUCCCGAGACUUCCUCAACCAACACGAGGAGGAUGACGAUGCUCUCUCCGAUGUUGCUCCCGAAUCCCCGCAUCCGGACGUUCGCGGCUUGGCGAUGCUUCCGAAGAUUGAGUUCUGGCAACUCUUUUUGACGAUGGCGCUUCUUUCUGGAAUCGGUUUGAUGACUAUCAACAACAUUGGCAACAGCGCCAAGGCACUUUGGCAGUACUACGACGACAGUGCAAGCCCGAAGUUUAUUCAACAGCGCCAGGUUAUGCAUGUCUCGAUUCUGUCUUUCGGAAACUUUAUUGGUCGACUUUCUAGCGGUAUUGGCUCCGACCUUUUGGUGAAGAAGCUGAACAUGUCGCGAUUCUGGUGCUUGUUCAUCUCCGCCUUCGUCUUCACCGUCACCCAACUUGCAGGCUCCGCCAUCUCCAACCCUCACCAAUUAGCCAUUGUAUCCGGUUUUACCGGUAUCGCAUACGGCUUCCUUUUCGGCGUCUUCCCGUCGCUGGUCGCCCACACCUUCGGCAUCGGCGGCCUCUCCCAGAAUUGGGGUGUCAUGACGCUUGCGCCCGUGUUCAGUGGCAACGUCUUCAACCUGCUCUACGGCAGCAUCUACGACCGCCACUCGAUUGUCGAGCCCAACGGAGACCGCGAUUGCCCGGAUGGUCUGGCUUGUUACCAGUCUGCGUACUACACGACGUUCUUGUCCGGUGUGGCCGGUGUGGUCGUCUGUCUGUGGAGUAUCCUGCACGAGAGACGCAUCCAUGGUGCGAUGCACAAGAAGGUCGAGCAUGACCGACUUGCCUAG